AUGUCCCCCCUCAGCGCCAUCACCAGCUGGCUCUGCUGCAUCCCAAGCCCAGAUCCUAAUCGUCCACCUCCAUCUUUAACUUCAGCCUCAUCUCCAUCGUCGAACCACUACCGCAAUACCAACGAAGGCUACCUCCCACCCACACCACCCCUCCCCGCCUACACCCCCCAUCCACACACCCCAACCGAAAAGACCCUCGCCCUGCACCCUCGCCCAUCCUCGUCAUCAUCAUCCUCGACCUCAACCUCCUGGAACGAGAAAUCCGGUGCAGCAACCACAUCGUCCCCCGCACCCGCACCCGAAGCAACAGGAACCACAAAUCCCUACCCACCACCCCCCCCCCCCGCCCCCCUCUACCCACCAUACUACCACACGGCCACCGGGCUCUUCGACCCAGACCCCAACGACAGCGACACCUCGUCGACGCUCUCCUUCCCCAGCACCAGCAGCUACGGGAACACCUCGACCGCGACGCGCGACACGCCGCCGCCGCCGUACUCGCCUAGGAGUCUGGGGAUGUCGUCGCGGACGAUGUCGCCGGUGCCGUCGUUGAUGUCGGAUUCCGGGAGGAGUAGUAGUAGUGGGAGUAGUGGGAGUAGCCGGGGAAGUGGUGGUGGGUUAGGCAGAGGAUCUGAGGAGAUGGUGCAGAUUGCGGCGCCGAGGGCGGUGGUGGUUUGGGAGUCGGCGCGGGGGAGGGGGAGGGAGAGGGAGAGGGAGAGGGGGUGGGGGGAUUUAUAUGAUUGA